AUGAAAACGGUUCUCUUCUGGUUUGCAGUCGUACUAUUGGUCCUUAGUAAUGUUGAAUCUUAUAAAAUUCUUGGACUUUUCCCACAUCCUGGUAUUAGUCAUCACUAUUUCUUUGACCCGGUGCUGAAAGGAUUGGCCGCCGCAGGUCAUGAGGUUACCGUUGUCAGUCACUUUCCCAGUCCGAACCCACCGUCUAAUUUUACCGACCUGAAGCUCGAGGGAGUGGAAUUGUUGAUCAACUCGGUCAGCUUCGAGCACUUCGAAUACCGUCCGUUCUUUUCCCAUUUCAUGGACUUUUUUAUUCUGUACGACUGGGGAAAUGAAGCGUGCAAAAAUGCACUCGAAUCUGCCGCUAUCCGGCAUGUACUGGAGUCCAAGAUUAAGUACGACCUAAUAUUGAUGGAACAGUUCAACAACGAUUGCAUGCUAGGAGUAGCACACUUGCUCAAUGCACCCUACAUUGGUCUAAGCAGUUGUCCGCUAAUGCCAUGGCAUUAUGAUAGAAUUGGAGUUCCGAGCAAUCCUUCCUACAUUCCGGCCCUUUUCAUGGGAUAUUCUGAAAAGAUGGAUUUUUGGGAGAGGAUGGCUAACUUCAUAACGGUCACUACUUUCAAAUGGAUGUACAGUUGGUUUAACGAUAAUUCAGCCAAUACAAUGCUGAGGGAACGCUUUGGUCCGGAUAUGCCCGAUAUCAAGGACUUGCAGAAGCGAACGAGCAUGCUAUUUGUCAAUCAGCAUUACUCGCUUGGUGGACCCAAACCGUUGACUCCUGCCGUGGUCGAGCUGGGUGGCAUACACAUACAGGAAUUCAAGGAACUAGAUCCUACGCUGAAGAAACUGCUGGACGAAGCCGAACACGGUGUCAUCUACAUAAGCUGGGGAUCCAUGAUUAGGGCUGAAACUUUGCCAGAGGACAAACGUAACGCUUUGCUUGCGGCGCUUGGAUCACUCAAGCAGACGGUCGUUUGGAAGUGGGAAAAUGAUACGCUUCCGAAUCAACCAUCCAACGUGCAUAUUAGGAAGUGGCUUCCACAGCGGGAAAUAUUAUGUCAUCCGAAGGUACGUGUCUUCAUGAGCCACGGCGGGCUUCUGGGAAGCUCUGAAGCGGCAUACUGCGGCGUACCGGUUGUCGCUACACCAAUGUAUGGAGACCAAUUUAAUAACGCAGCUGCAUUAGAACACCGUGGAAUGGCUUUUGUUAUGCCGUACAGUAAAUUCACCCAAGAAACGGUGUCCGAAUCUUUGCGAAAAGCGCUAGAUCCCGCAACGAUGGAAAACGCGAAACGAGUUUCUUUCUCCUAUCGAAAUCGACCACAAAGCGCGGUCGAAACUGCAGUUUGGUGGUGCGAACAUGUCGUCGCCACCGGUGGACUUCCGUUAGGGAAAUCAUAUGCAAUCGAACUGCCGUGGUAUUCCUAUUACUUGAUAGACGUGCAGAUCGCAGUUUAUACGUUCCUGUUCGUCUAUUUUUGGAUCACGUAUCGAUUGCUCAAACGGUUUUGCAGUCGAACUUUGCCCGGCUUGAGGGAUUCGAAGGUAAAAAUUAAUUAG